UUUCGACAUGAAAAACAACAAUCGACAAGAUAUUGGCUCAUCUGAGAUGGCCCUAUUCCCGUGCUUUGGGGAUGAGGACAAGCCGGUUGAAAGUAUUMCAGCGCCUUCAAAGUCUUUCAGGUUUCCUCGGCUCCAUCGAAAACGUGGAGAAUACUCACCGCAUCUUGAACGAGAAAAAGUGUUUGGUCGGAAUUGUAGGACAAUUGAUGGAUGGUAUUUCAGAAAACAAAGUUAYCGUGCUCCAAAGCCUAAUCUAAAGGUUAGAACUGUUCAACACGUUAUCAGACUCACGAAAGAGAAUCUCGAGCAACUGAAUGCCCAAUUUUCAAACAUACAGCACCCACCGUCUAUAAUUCUCGAGGAAUUUAACGAAUUAACAUCGAAACUAUCCGAGCUCGAAACUCGAGAAAAAGAACUAUUAGAACUUCGAAAUGGAGGAUCUGCGUCAACUAGUUCGAGUGCUACCCCUUCCUCAUCGUCCGGUCCAACUUCGCCAACUCUYAGUUCUCGGAAUGUUUACGCUACGGAUCCYACRUCUCCGCCGUUACGUGCUCAUGUCAGAGCGUUUUUACCAAAUCACCAACGAACAAUGAUAAAAUGUAAAACUGGUAUAACACUAAGGGAGGCCUUGGACAAACGGAUACGAACAAGAGGAAUAUCACCUGAAACAUGUUUAGUGUUUCACUGCGAGACAAGAGAUAUCAUUCCAUGGGAUACAGAUCUCUUUACAUUAGAGGGGGAGGAGAUCUCAGUAGAAAUGAUCGAUGAUCUCCCAAGGACGAGCAGUUUAUCUCACACUUUUAUGCGAAAGACAUUCUUUACUUUAGCAUUCUGUGACAAGUGUCGGCGGUUAUUGUUCAUGGGAUUUAGACAUGUGGGUAUAAAUUCCACCAACGAUGUGCAGCAGAUAUUCCUAUUUACUGUGAGCAGGCUUUUGAUGACAAUUUCUAUUUAAGGUUUACUGAGCAGACCGACUGCUUCUUUGAUAAGAUAAUGGAAAUAUGGAAGGAAUUCAAAUUGCUACUUUCAGCACGUACAAAUGAGUUUGCUGACUCGGACGACUCCUCAAACGACCAUAAACCAAUGGGAAGAGAGAGGUCUAUAUCAGCACCGAAUGUGUGCUUAAACUCAGUUGGAGAAGAGCUGUUUAAUGAGAAUGCUUUCCUUCAUGCSCAGUCAAGACAGCAAGUUGCUACGAUAUCUGCCACAGAAGGAAGUCGGUUAUUGAAGAAACGACAUGCAAGUGAGCGGACACACCCUCAUGUCUCAGAUCUCUUUGACACGAACAUUGCCAAUGAUAUGAGGGURCAUAAAUUACAUCCCAAUAUGGGGCUUGCUAAUGGCAGUGCSUUUGGUGAUCAUCCACCAAGCCUGCAAAAAACUGCAGCAAAACCAAGAGUUCGAGCAAAAUCAUCACCAGAUCCUGAAAGAGGUCGACAGAGACAAAGAGCAAAUUCAACAGAUGACUGGGAAAUCCCUGAGGGUGAGGUACAGAUGGGACCUAGAAUAGGGUCUGGCUCAUAUGGAACUGUAUAUAAAGGCAAUUGGCAUGGUGCUGUUGCUGUCAAAACGUUGAAUGUAUCAGAUCCUACCCCUCAGCAGCUACAAGCUUUUAAAAAUGAAGUAGCUGUUUUACGGAAAACUCGCCAUGUAAAUGUAUUACUCUUCAUGGGAUGUAUGUCAAAACCCAAACUAGCCAUCGUUACACAGUGGUGUGAGGGCUCUAGUCUUUAUCGUCAUCUCCAUGUGUCAGAAACAAAAUUUGAAGUUUUGAGCCUGAUUGACAUUGCGCGACAGACUGCUCAAGGCAUGGAUUAUCUUCAUGCCAAAAAUAUAAUUCAUCGAGAUCUUAAGUCAAACAAUAUCUUUUUACAAGAAGAUUUGACAGUAAAAAUAGGGGACUUUGGGUUGGCGACCAUYAAAACAAGAUGGAGUGGUAGUGAAUAUGCUGAGCAACCAUCAGGGUCUAUAUUAUGGAUGGCACCUGAGGUGAUUCGUAUGACGGACCCCAAUCCUUACUCAUUUUAUUCUGAUGUUUAUGCUUUUGGGAUUGUGUUGUAUGAAUUGAUAUCAAGCUCGUUACCUUAUGCAAAUAUUGGCAAUAAAGAUCAGAUUCUGUACAUGGCAGGGAGAGGAUAUUUAAAGCCAGAUAUGAGAAAAAUUAGAAAUGACAUUCCAAAAGCACUAAAAUCGCACAUGCUGGAGUGUAUCAAAUUUAAUCGUGAGGAAAGACCACUUUUUACACAAAUACUUGUAACCUUAGAAACAAUACACCGUGCUUUACCUAAAAUACUUCGCAGCACAUCAGAACCAUGGAAUCUAGGAGCUAACYUAACAGCUGAUGAUGUGUUCUUUGGUCCAUCAGUACCAGAGACGCCAAUUAGUCCUUUUGGCAAUGAYUUUGCCUUCUUUACUAGUGUCAAUGCAGGGUAUUGAUCACAUGUCGACAUGAUUCUUUAUGUAGAAUGAUAUUACAUAAAAUGCAUUCAUACCAUCCAAUUUAAUAAUAAUUAUAAUGAGUCAUCCAGUGUACAGGCUGCCCAGCUAUUAAUUCUCAAUUGAUGGUUGGGCUGCCUGUGUUAAACAAUCAAAUUCCAGCACUCCUGUACUGUUUGCAUGGCUCUGUUCACUUCCAAGAUUAGAGAAUGCGCAAACAUUUAUUUAAAGUUACAUACCAGCCAUUUCUCUUGAACAAGCAAAAAUGUAUGUACCUUCCCUCCCCUAAUUCGUUAUCUAAUGGUCUGUCGGCUAGCAGGUCAUUUAUAAGAMACAGACUUAUUCUCCUUGAAGUGAGCAACCCCAUGAAAAUGGGCUUAAAAUAGACUAAAAGACUAAAAAACGACUGAAGACUCAACUUGCUUGUACCAUUUUAGGCAGCAGGUCUUUUGCCUGCCCAAGUUGUCUAUACAACAUGGUUGUAACUGUCAUAGAGGUUAAAAAUAAUUGUUUAAAAGCUWUUAGGGCAGAUGUCAAAAAUAGCCAAUGUUGUUAUAUGAUGAGUUAGGCAUGUUGUAUGCAGUCGUUGCAGGAAAAAGGUUAAUAAUYAUUGCUCUUUCAAGCUACAGAUUUUUCUUCUGAAUAAUAUUUGUCCAAGUCUCACUUUAAGAUUUUAAAUGACUCCACAGCUGUGUCCCAUUUAUUUAUAUCAAGUAUUAAGCUGUGUUAAAAUGUGUGUAUUUGUACAAAUCAAAGUGCAAGGCACUGAAAUUGUGAUAUACUAAAUGUUUGAUAUUCAAUGAGCUUUGCUCAAGAUCCCUACAGGGGUAGUUAUAAGACGUAAAUUAGUCUACUCAUAAACUAAUGAUUUUAUCACUCCUUACUGUUAUUUGGAAAAAGAACUGCCAGCAACUAAAAUGUGUCUGGAAUGUUAAGAAUAUUUUUGUGACCUCAAUUCUUUGGUGAAAAUAAGACAAGAACCAAAACGUUGUUAUGGUUACAGGCCAAGUUCAUUGGUCUCUACACAGCUUUAUGAGAUGGUCUACAUUGCAACAAACAUUCCAUACAUAUUUAAGGUGCUCAGGUUUCUUUUCAAACAAAUGUUAAGUCUGGAAUACAAAAGUUACACUAAAAGUGUGCAACAAAAGUACCAUUUAUUACUUAUAACUGUAAUGAACAUCAGUGGCAGACGCCUGAAAUUCGGUCAGUAAGUUCUUUCAUGUUUUUUUUUUAUGGUGUUGAAAUUGAUCGUAUUGCUCAAAAACUGUUUCUUUUGAAAACCGGACACAAUUCAUACUAUAGCUUAUAGUCUACCAGUAGUUUCCAUCAUUUUGACUUAGCACUGUUCACUUGUAAAUGGUGCAAAGUGUUGCACACUAUUUAGUGUUUGUACUCUAUCAAAUAGUUCCCAAUUAAAUAUAAUUAUAAUAUUAAUAAUAUUGUACAUGCAUAAUGAAUUUAAUCACAAAUAAUGAAUGCAAUUUUAAUAGUUUUUACUCUAUUUCUCGUAUUAAUAUGUAUUUACUGACAAUGUAUAGUUUGGUGGCAAUCUGAAAUCUUAAAAUAUAAAGUAAAGUACCUCCAUUAAGAUGUUAUUAGAUAUUACUUAAUUUUCACAAUUUUAUUAGAAAUGCCUUGUAGAUUGAAAUGAAACCAAAGCAGUGCACAAUAGAAUGCUAAAUUAAUCUUAUUUUUGCUUAUUAUCAAAGGCUUUUUUGUAGCAAUUGGUAAUGUUUGCUUGAUAGAUUUAGAUUGUUUACUCAAGAGUGCAUUAUUUUAUGAUAUGGGGAACAUUUUGGCUCUUUUCCACAAUUUUUAUGAGUAAACUUGUUUCAUGGAUUUACUUUAGUGAAUGCGCUCUCCACUACUAGGUCAAACUUUUAGGGUAAGGUCAUGUCAACAAUGAUGCAAUCUUCUUGCUUUGCAUAAAUUCUGAUUUUUUUAUACAGUCAAAUUUUAAUCCAGCRUGAAAAACUUGAUGAACACAAUAGGCCAGUUUCUUGGAAAUUAGGAAAUUUUUCCAAGUUUGAGAACAAACCAUUGACAAUUUGAAAAUAUAAAACUUCUCAAAUUCACCAACCUUUACAAUAUAUAAAUGUAUGGUGAGGUYCAAGCCACAAUCUGGACAUUUCUUUGUAAAUUUCUAUUGGUGUUUUUGAAGUAUUUUCUUCUACAGACUAGUAGACUACUGAGAAUUUCUAAUACUUAUCAAUAAUCCCAUURUAACAAAAAAUGAAUUCAUUAUUUUUAUUGCUCGAACAUUGCUCAAACAGAACAAUUUUCAUCUAAACAAAAAGGUUGCAUUUAUUUGGACAUGGCCUUCAUAUCCCUUCUUCUGCAUACCAUAUUUUUUUUUCUCUUAAAUUGCGUUUCAGUAUUUAAUGAUAAUUUAAUAUUUAGCUUGAACCAUGAGUUUGUAAAUAGGGGAGGAYCUGCUACUGCUGCAUAUUAUAAGCAAAUCACUGCAUAAUGAAAUAUUGUUUUAUAAAAUACUGUUGUGAAUAUAGACUGGGAUUGGGUGUGUACUGCCGUCAUGGUGCAGUAAUUGCUCAGGGUGGGUGUAUAAAUUAURAAUUAUGUGCUGUUCGAUAACUAAAUGGCAACAAUGACAAUUUUCAUAUCAGUUUGUGGUUUGAGCAGUAUUUGUUUUUUUCAUUUCUGUCAUUCUUUGUGUCAGCAUUCUCUUCUACAUAUAACUGCAUCUAAAGUAUUACACAGUACUUGUGAAUCUUA